GUUAUUGUCGGGUUUCACAUUCAAAGAUCCAAAAUGUUGCAAAGUUUGCAGAAUUUUCCAUCCAAUUGGAAUAUUAUUAUUAUAUAAUCUUUUUCAUAGAUUUCACAUUGAACAAAAUUCUUCUCAAUUUUAUCUCUGAUUCUCUCUCUUUUUUGUAUUAUUUAUUUUCAUUGGAUUUUUUUUUUUUUUACCUUUUUAACAUCUAGAUGCCAGAAAAUAGACAAGUUUUCAAGAAUGCUGGUUCUAAUCCAUCUGGUGAUAACAUUGAAGAAGCUAUUCGGCGUUUGAAAAUCAAUAGUACUCGAGACAGAGAUGCUGUGCCUCAAUCAAUGCCUUAUCCGGAUCGACCUGGUGAACCUGACUGCGUAUAUUAUUUGAGGACUGGAAUGUGUGGUUACGGGAGUAACUGCCGCUAUAAUCACCCUGCUAACAUUUCACCUGUUACUCAAUAUGGUGAAGAACUUCCUGAGAGAGUUGGGCAACCUGAUUGUGAGUAUUUUCUUAAGACAGGAACAUGUAAGUAUGGAUCGACAUGUAAAUAUCAUCAUCCAAAAGACAGGCGAGGUGCUGCACCCGUUGUCUUCAAUACUUUAGGUCUUCCCAUGCGUCAGGAAGAAAAAUCAUGUCCCUAUUACAUGAGAACCGGGUCUUGCAAGUUUGGAGUUGCAUGCAAGUUUCAUCAUCCACAACAGGCAGCUUCCUUUGGAGGAGCUUAUCCAGUGGCUGCGUCCCCUCCCUCCACAACUGUUACUUCAUCAGGUUUUCCAUAUGCUGGUGGUUUUCCUGCAUGGUCAAUGCCGAGAAUGUCAUAUUUAUCUGGACAGGCCAUUCAAUCUUAUGUGCCUCCUUUUUUGCCUUCUUCACAAGGCAUUAUGCCUGCGCUCAGCUGGAGCAAUUACAUGGGAAGUAUUAACCCUGCAAUGCCUACUGGUUUUAUUGGAUCUAAUCUUGUCUACGACUACAUGAAUCCGGCGGGAGAGACACUUUCUGGUGGACAGGCAAUGAAUUCAUCUCUUCCAGAUAGACCAGAGCAACCAGACUGUAAAUACUUUAUGAGCACCGGAACAUGCAAAUAUGGAUCUGAUUGCAAGUUCCACCACCCUAAAGAAAGGAUAGCACAAACAUUAUCAAUUAAUCCACUCGGUCUUCCUAUGAGACCUGGGAAUGCUAUAUGCUCUUAUUACAGAAUCUAUGGAGUAUGCAAGUUUGGUCCAACAUGCAAAUUUGAUCAUCCAGUUGUGGCUAUCUCUCAGAACUACGGCUUGCCCUCGCCUACUCUAUCAGUAUUCGAUGCAUCUCUCCUUACUAAUCCAAGAAGGCUUUCAACUGUCCAACCAGCCGAGACAUCUCCAUCGAAACAAUCAACUGACAAGCUUCAACAAUCUGAUACAAAAGCUGCUACCGAAGAUUCAUCUAAACAAGCUGACAGUACAUCAACUUCUCGCACACCUUCGACCGAGUCUUUACAGGAAUAAACUGCUUGAAGUUUUAUUUUUCUUUUGGACCUUUUUUUUUCUUUUUCGGAGAAAUAUAUUAUACAUACCAUCUAUUCCCCCUUUUGAUCUGCAAUUCUGCAGGGUUGGAUAGUUUGUUCAAUGGUUGUUGUGACAAUCAUGAGCUUGUGGGGGAUAGAGGGCAUUUUUUUUGUGGUGAAUAAAAUGCAAGUAGAAAGUUUGUGACUUUCUUUUCCCCUUUUAUCUCUUGGGGGUCAAUUUGGUACAUACACCUACAAAUACUGAGUGAAAUUCUCAAGUAUGUAACAAUUCUUGCAUGAAUAGAGUUUCUAUUGGCUAUAA